CCUUUAUAACACUGAGCGACAAUAACAACUCAGCCUCGUUCAGCUGUUCAAAAACAGUCUGAUUGGAAAACUCAAAACGACACCUAAAAUGGGCUUCAUCGAUCAGGAAGUUACAGAUGUUCGGGCCAAAUGCGAAAAGCAGGUGCCGCACACCAAGAUCAUCAUCUGCUCAAACUCUCUGAUCCGGGUGGACAUUUAUCCGGAGAGGCCCAAUCGCUCGAUGACGGUGUGCUUGCGAUUCCCGGAAAACUAUCCACAUAACACACAAAUCUUGGUGGAGCUGAAGAGUCGAGUGUAUUCGGACAUGCUACUGACGGAACUGACCCGUCUAAUCGACGACUAUGCUCGGGAUUUCCUAGGCAAGCCACAGGCACUGCUGGUCCUUUCAUUUGCUCAGCAGUAUUUGUCGGAUAACCCACUCUGUGUGUGCCUGGAUGAGAUCAAGCAGCUCAGAACGGACAUUAAGACCCCUGGGUCAGUGGAGAGCCUAUUGAAACUGAAGCAAAGGAAUCGCAGCGUGGAACUGGUGGCCAAAGGAGGACGCUACUCAUACAAAGUCACGGCUGUAGUGCCCGACAGCUACCCAAUGCAGAGUGUGGAUCUUCGCAGCCAGGACUCCAACCUCCCAGCAGUACUUGUGCGCUACCUGAAUGGCCAGUCCCGAGAGAUUGCCCGCCAGUGCGUGGAGCCCCCCAUUCGAAUGAGCAAGGAGGCGCUGGCCAAUUUCCGGCCUGUAAGGAGCCUUCACCGAUCACUCAAAUUUUGUCUUGAGGCUACCCGUGAUUUCCAUGCCGAAUGCUGUCCCAUUUGUAACGGCACUGUGCUGCCAGAGUAUCCAGAGGAUUUGGAACAGGAUGAGAACUCAGACUUUUACAUAGAACGUGUCUACUGUGGCCAUUUGUUCCACCAAGGCUGUCUUAAAAAGUACCUAGCUGAACCGCCGUUUCCCAAGGGUGGCAAGCUGUGCCCUGCCCAGCGUCGGCAUCCCCGGUCCGAUGCUCAGACCUACAUGGGAAAACCCCAAGCAGGAGCAGCAUCAUCAAGCACGGCCGCAGAUAGUGGAGUAUGUGGCAUUAAGCUAGCCCACGAUCGCUGGGUGGUCAGCGUCAAAACGGCAGAGGCCAGGUGGGCGCAAAAGCAAGCCCGUCAGCGAGAGCUUGAGGAGGUAGUCGACUUCCUUCAAUAACAAAGAUUUGCCAUCCAAUUGAACGGUAUUGUGUAUAUUUUAUGUAUUUUGUGAUUUGUAUUCGAAUACGCUUAUAUUACUAGGAAUGAAAUAAAUAAAAUGAAGAUGUA